AUCGAUGAUCAGAACCUCACCUUCAAAGACUUCUGUCAGGCUUGUCCACACAUCAUUGACACAAUGCAAGAGGCUGCGUGGCCUGCAGACCGUAUAAAGAUGAUGGCCCUGUUUUGGAGAAAUUUACAGGUUCACAACUUUCGUUCAAUGCAGGACCCCCAAGCACAGAAAGCAUUGCUCAUCUACCAGGCAGAGCAGAGGAAACGAUGGCACAUCGCCGUCAAAUCUGCGGGAGGC